CGCAAAUACUGACUGCUCGGUGUUGGAAAGAGUCGGUCGCUGUGGAUAGCUGGUAGUGCUGGAGAUCAGCAGCAGUGUGUGUGGAGACCGUGCUCGAUCAAACUCCUGUUCUCGACAGAUCGAGAGUCCUGCUCCAGAAGUCCUGCACAUAUAAACGACUGAUUCUUAUAAGAGAUUGAAAAUUAGAGGCUUGACCAUUGUUUAUGCCUCUGGCUAGGGUGCUUACUGGCUGGUCUCCUAAUGGAAAGAGCGUCUGAGUUUGUCUGAUGUGAGUCGCUGAGCGUCUGGGAUACAAUGUUUCUCGGGUUUCUUUUUUCGGAGCGUCUCACGCGCUACAGAGUAACAGCAGCUCGAGCGCUCCAUCCAGCCUGAGUAACCGAGCCAGAGACUCACUCCUGCAGGACUGACUGAAGAAACUGUCUCAGGCCAGCUAAUAUAUGCAUCAGCACUGUGCACUCCAGAGCAAUGCAAGAAUGUCUUAGCCCAUCAAACACUUGCAAGGGGGGAGUCUGCUAGAUUUUACCCCUAUGGGAACUCCAGGUGAUAAGUCAGCACUAGUGAUGGAGAUCCAUUGAGUCCUGUCCUUAACACUAUUCAUUGCCCUUUCCCCCUUUACCCUUUCCCCCUGCCCUUCCUGGCUGGUGCACGAACAUGCUGCGCUUCCUCCCACUCAAGCUUGGCCGUUUGUACCGGUGUCUGAAGCUUCUCUUUGUCAUUGGACUGUUUGUCAUCCUGCUGAUGAACACACACAACCUCUUCACCUCUUUCCAAAAGAAUGAACUCACCGACCGAAGGUUCAUCAACCUCAACAAGUGCCCCGCUUGCUUUGGCACCAGUUGGUGUCGCAAGUUCAUGAAUGGACAAAUAUCCUUCGAGACAUGGGGUCGCCUUCGCUUCCUGGAUGUCUUCAAUGUGAAAAACGUUUUUUUUGCCCAGUACGGGGAGCCUCGCGAGGGUACGCGGAGGAUUGUACUCAAGCGUUUGGGCUCCAAUCAAGAGCUAACUGAUAUUGACCAGAAGAUCUGCAAGCGGGCAACGGGUCGACCUCGUUGCGAUCUUAUCCAGGCCAUAUACAAGACUGAGUUUGCCCGACUUAAUGGGGACGUCAGACUCCUAACCCCAGACGUUGUGGAAGGCUGGUCAGACCUUGUUCAGUGUCCGUCCCAAAGACUGCUGGACAGAAUAGUCAGGAGGUAUGCUGAGACAAAGGACUCUGGAAGCUUCCUCCUCAAGAACCUUAAGGACACAGAAAGGAUGCAGCUGCUGAUGACCUUGGCUUUCAAUCCAGAACCCUUAGUGCUUCAGAGUUUCCCAUCAGACGAAGGCUGGCCAUUUGCAAAGUACCUGGGUGCUUGCGGGCGGAUGGUGGCGGUGAACUACGUGGGCGAGGAGCUGUGGAGUUUCUUCAAUGCUCCUUGGGAAAAGAGAGUAGACCUCGCCAAGCAGUUGAUGGACAUUGCGGAGCAGCUUACUAACAAUGACUUCGACUUUGCUCUCUAUCUGCUGGAUGUCAGCUUCGAUAACUUCGCCGUGGGGCCACGGGAUGGGAAGGUCAUUGUGGUGGAUGCGGAGAAUGUUGUGGUGGCUGACAAGAGGUUGAUCAAACAGAAUAAGCCUGAGAACUACGAUGUCUGGUAUGAGAGCAAGUUUGAGGAGUGCGACAAGGAGGCCUGUCUCUCCUUCUCUAAAGAUAUGUUGUGCUCGCGGGUCACAGUUGACCACAAUUAUUAUGCCAUCUGUCAAAAUCUGCUUUCACGAUAUGCUAUGUGGCGGGGCAGCUCCGGCGGACUUCUUCACGACCCCCCGCCACACGUAGCCAAAGACGGCCAGCUUGAAGCCCUGUUGGAUGAAUGCGCCAACCCUAAAAAGCGGUACGGCCGCUUCCAGGCAGCUAAAGACCUGCGCGAGUACUUAACCCAGCUAAGCGGUACCACUAGGUAAUGACCGCCCAUCCCUGUCCAUGCUCAGUGUUCACCCAUCAAUGUCCAACGACGAUUUGGGGAUCCUCGACGAAGCUUCGAUCUUCUGUGACUUUAUCUCAAACCAAUCGUCCAUCACACUACAAUCUGUUAUGUGUAUAUUUUGUUUACCUUAGGUUGAUCUUUAAAUUAUUGAAAUGUCUUGAGUUUUUUGCUUUGUUAAAUAGUUUGUUUUGCAAUAAAGGCAGCAGUUACAUUACCAUUGUCAACAUCCUCCGGCGACACCUUGAAAGGCAGCUGGGAAUGUCAGUACACGAGCAUUUACUCUGUCCAAAACUUUUCAUCAUACGUCUUCUGCCUAAUUGAUUCACUUACAUUCCAGAAAAAAUUAGUUUGGCGUAAAGCAUAAUUUUGAGAUGGUAGAGAGGAUGUGGAAGUCUGUACAUAAUUAGAGCAGAUUGCAGAGGGGAAAUGAGUUGGAAUUGCUUUGCAUAUACCAAAGAGUCUGGUUCUAUGUAACUAAAACCUCUGAACUAAAAGGGCAGAGGCUAAAAUCUGAUCAUAGUCAAACCACCCCGGAGUAGAUUCAUGAAUGUGGUUAGACUUGUUACGAUGAUUUGUGUUUGUAUUAAUCAAGCAAAGUCCAGAGAGACGGCCAGAAUGAAUCCAAAUUACGCUAUUACGCUAUUAAAUCAGAGCGGGGUCCAGGUCUCUAAUUGGCCGUUAACUAUAAAUAAUGUACCGGCAUAUGGUGUGAUGCGGUACUAUCAACUCCUCAACGUGUGAACGUGCAUCCGCACAGGCUGAAAUGGAACUUUCUAUCUUUAAAAUCCAUCUUAACAUUUCAAUUUCACAGCUCUGCAAUUGAAUUAAUCAAAAUUUAAUUAAACGUCUCUAACACUUAAGAUCAUUUAACUUUGAGCAUCAGCCUGCUGUUUUUUUUUUUUUCUCUCCCUGGUUUGAUUUUGCACUUGGUGGACCAAUGAAUUUGAUCAGUAUGCUAAUGAGUAUGCAUUAGAUAAUGAAGUAAGCUAGCGCUUGACUGACAGCAUCACUCCAUUGAGCCUGGAUUUUAAAAGCUAGCUAAUCACUUUUCAUCUUAAUGUUUCUGCCAGUGCAAAUGAAUGAAAAGUAUUCAGAUUUGAAUCUUUUUAUUAUUAUUAUUAUUAUUAUUAUUAUUAUUUCCCUGUUUAGGUUCUGGCCAGUCAGAGUGAAAGCAAUAAGUGUCCAUCAGCCAUUAUAAGUAAAGAUCCCUCCGUUCUUGUCAAAUCCAAACCCUUGUCCGGAUGGCCUCUCUUUAAGUGAAGAGAUUUUUUGCGUGCAUAAAUACCUGUCUGCUUUUGUACUUUACUUCUAUUUCAGUUGAGUAUUAUAUCAGCUGUGUCUGAUUUUACUGUGCCUUUCAUUCAGAAGUUGUAUUUACAACUUUUUAGUCUGUUUAAAUAUCAAUGAAUAAAUUAAAAUAUAUAAAUGAA